AUGGCUAUUAAGCGCAAGAACAUCUUCAGUGCUGUCGAUGAUGUUUGUCUUUGUCUAUCGCUAGGUGGCAGUGAUCAUGCUUGUCGUUUCCCUUCCUGUUGCGAGACAUUUCAUCAGACCCAUUUUCCCAAGAAAAGGAAACUUGUCCACCAAGACAACAUGUGUAAUGCUGCUGCUGUUCAUGUUCCUGUUGCAAGAAGAGCAAGAAAUUGGGCUUUUUCAACUGCGAUGGUUCUAUAUGAUGAUCCAUGGAGAAUCAAGAAAGUUUUAACAAAAACUGAUCUUGGCAGUAACUGUAACAUUUUGAUCAAGAGAGAAUUGGCUAAAGAUUUGAUUGUUCCUGUCUUGGGUGGUCGUCAAGUUUGUGAGAAUCAAGAUGUUAAUGUUCGAGUAUGGGAUAUCGACACCGACUCUCUCCAUUCUCUCGUUUUCACAGUACGUCCUUCCAAUCAGAGCCAUGUUUUCAAAGAUACAUGGAUCAAGGAUUUUGUGCUUCGAAGGAACUUACAGGUCGGAGAUGAAAUCGGCUUUCUUUGGGAUCAAUACAACCAACAAUUUGUUUUUUCGAUUAUUCGCGCCUAUCGCCGUCAUCAAGUCAACCAACAUUAG